CUGACAGCUGCAGCAGCCAGUCUACAAUGUGAUGUGAGUGGUACUCUCAAUCACUGCAAAAUUGAGAGUGCAACUUGUGGCUUGGGCGAAGCUGCUGGAAUAAGCAGCAAAACUUUUAUUGACGAUAGGCAGAGGAAAAAACAAGAACUUCAAGACAUCACCAAAAAUGAACCAAUCCCGAACGCAGGUGACGAUCAUUUGCUUAUUGCCAACAAUCCCAUCUGA